CUCCCCGCGCGGGUGCGCGGGCAUGCGGACACCCAGUCGGCCGGUCCUGGUGCUCGGGCUCCCGGAAGCGGAAGAGGAGCGCGGCCCGGCCUGGGCGGCGGCGCGGGAGAAAGAGGCGUGGGUAGAGUCGCAGGCGGUCGCGUGAACAGCGGCGGCGAGAGGCUAGGCAGCCGGCCCCGGUUCUCAAGGAGAACAGUUAUUGAAGAGAAGAUCCAUUUUGGUGGGAUAAAAUGAAAAAAGAAUGAAUCAAGAUAAAACUUCUAGAUGCAAGUACCAGAAAAUUUACAACAUAUCCCAGUAAAUUUGCAAGUGGAUUGUCUUUCCUUGUGGGUUGGCAGGCAGUUAUAGGACUGCAGAAUGGGUCUCCGGAUUCACUUUGUUGUUGACCCACAUGGUUGGUGCUGCAUGGGUUUGAUUGUCUUUGUCUGGUUAUACAAUAUUGUUUUAAUUCCCAAAAUUGUCCUCUUUCCUCACUAUGAAGAAGGACAUAUUCCAGGCAUAUUAAUAAUAAUAUUUUAUGGCAUUGCCAUAUUUUGUCUGGUCGCCUUAGUGAGGGCCUCAAUAACUGACCCAGGACGACUCCCAGAGAACCCUAAGAUCCCACAUGGAGAAAGGGAGUUCUGGGAAUUAUGUAACAAGUGUAAUUUGAUGAGACCAAAGCGUUCCCAUCAUUGCAGCCGCUGCGGCCACUGUGUGAGGAGAAUGGAUCAUCACUGUCCAUGGAUUAACAAUUGUGUUGGUGAAGAUAAUCAUUGGCUUUUUCUACAGUUGUGUUUCUACACUGAACUUCUUACUUGCUACGCACUGAUGUUUUCUUUCUGCCACUAUUAUUAUUUUCUUCCACUAAAAAAGCGUAAUUUGGACCUUUUUGUUGUUAGACAUGAAUUGGCCAUAAUGAGACUAGCUGCCUUCAUGGGCAUUACUAUGUUAGUUGGAAUAACUGGACUCUUUUAUACACAACUAAUCGGUAUCAUCACAGAUACAACAUCUAUUGAAAAGAUGUCAAACUGUUGCGAAGAAAUAUCGAGGCCCCGAAAGCCAUGGCAGCAGACCUUCUCAGAAGUUUUUGGCACUCGUUGGAAGAUCCUGUGGUUCAUUCCUUUCAGGCAGAGGCAACCACUGCGAGUUCCCUACCACUUUGCCAAUCACGUCUAAACAGAUGGAUGGUGGGCACAGAUGGGUCCUCCAUGCUGGAAAUGCGUUACAGGUUUUAUGAUAAUAGAACUAUGACAGUCUUCAAGUCAAUUAAAAUCCACCCACCAAUCUUAGGCAUCAUAAUGUGCCCCAGGCUUUAUUUUAAUAGUGAUCUUGAUCCUGUUGUGGGACUAAUACAAGAUCUAUAUUUAAGUUUUAAAGCAUGUUUACUUUCAAAUUAGCUUUCCACAGAGAUUUCUAUAAAUGCUUUUGUUAUUAAACUCAAAAGGCAGCGAUUAGGAUGAAAUAAUUGUACAUAAGUUUCUUUUAGUACUGACAGUGUUACAGAUUUUAAUUUAUGGGAAAUUUCAGAUGUUUAUUUAAAUUUUCACUUUUAAGUAGUACUAAUGAAAUCUGAAUUUAAUUAUUCAGAUUUUGCGAAACUUGAUUUUUACCUUUUAUGUAAAUUUUUUUUCAAAUACAAGUUAAAAUACUUCCUUUUGUAUGUGCUGCAAGAUUUUUUUAAAUGCAGUGUAGAAUUGAACAACAACAAAAGGCAGUGUUUUUUUAGAGCAGCUUUCUAAUGUUUUCUCCUUUUCUUUGGUUCUACUAGAACCAAAAGAAAACACCACUAAAGUGAAAUGCCAGCUACCUACCUUAUAAUAAAGAAAAGAUUAAUUUUUCCAUAUUAAUUUUCCCUACCUUUUCCCUUUACUGUUAUAAUUAUUGAUUGUUAAGGAUAUUUGCUCCCAAGAGAAAUUUGUGACCAGUGGCAUACAUUCCUGUUUACCCUAAAAUUUUAAUGAGCAAAAAGGGUAGAAAAUUUGCAAUAAUUCCAGUUACUUUUUCUAGUGCAGUUACAUUAGAAUGCAUAUGUUUUUAAAAUGCCAGUAUAACUAGAUACUAUAUAAUGUACAGUGUAAAGAAGAAUAUUGUGCUUUUAAAAAUAUAUAUCCUUUUUACUUUUAUUUAUCUACUAGUGAAUCUACAAUUAUUCAUUGGAGGUUUAUAUACUAGAGAUUGGCCAACUCAUUGAAAUUUUAUUUAUAAAAAGUUACUAAUAAAAAGUAAGUUAUUAACUUUCAUGUACUGAUAAUGACCUAAAUUGAAAUUAAAUUUUCAUUGGCCAGCUAUAAUUUAUAUUGCUCUAGAUACCUUUUAUCAGUAGCUAAUGUUAGGAAAUGACCUUUAAAUAAGAAAAUAGAAUGAUCUAUAUUUAUCAUUAGCAUUAUACAGAUUUAAAUUGUUAAUAGUGAUUGGAAAGCACAGAACAUUUGGGUGAAAAGACAUUUAGUAUGCUUUGAAAUAAAUUUAGCUUUUAAUUUUUUUCCAUUAGAAUACUGCAAAAUCCAUGUUUUUUAAAAAAUUUGUGUCCUCACAGUCAUUCCCCUGAAGAGAAGAUUAAAAUAGUGUACAAUUCUUGGACCAUAUUAAUAUUUUUCUUUAGUUACUUUUGAAAGUAAGAAAUCAUACCUGGUAACUAAUGAAACAGAAGGUAACCAUUGUUAGUCAAUUAGUUAUACUAUGACUAGUUCAUUCACAAAUUGUAAAUAUCUUAUAAAAUAUCCUAAAAUAAUAGAAUCAACUCUUCUCAAAAACAAUACCAUGUUUUUUAUGUUCUAAUUAUAAAGUGUUAAUAUUUUAAAACUUAGAAGUGGCAGAUGAAGGUAUUUAUUGGUGCUGAUCAGGAGCAUAGUAAAUUUAAAGUAAGAAAUAUAUUUAUAAAGGUUGCAGAAACAUAAAAUUAGUUUGUGUGUUGGCCAGUUGGGUUGAAUUUUGUGCAAGCUAACUGACCAACUUUGACCUUGUGGCAGAACUAUGAAAAGGAAGUAAUGUAGCUAUAAUGUAGGUAGAUAUCAGUUGAAUACCUUUUAUUGUAUAUAUUCCUUUCACAUAAGGACUUUGAGAAAACAGCAGAGCCAAGUGAAGACCUUGUACAGAGCUUUGUGGACAUAUUUCAUGUAGUAACAGUAGCUAUACUGAAAGGUAAUGAGAGAAGUCUUUUUCCCAUUCUAAGGAUAUAUAUUUUUUAUUUUCUUAGAUUUACCACUUCUAGGGCAUAUUCUCUUCCUUUCUUUCUCUUUACCUUCCCUGGUUCUGAUCCCUCUGUACCCUUUUCCUCUUAAGUUAUUGAACUACAAACUAAUGCACUAGAUAAGUAUAUACUUAUUUUGUUUGAAUGUCAGAAGUGCUACAUAUCAACAUAUUUACAUAGAAAUAUGUAUUAAAGUGUAUCUGAAUAGGCUUAUGAUGUAAUUUACAGUAUUCUCAAGUUAGCACACCUAACCCUACUGUGAGAUUUGUAAUUGUUGUUAGACUACUAGAUAGUAGCCAGAUGGCAGUUUCCUAGGGAUUGUUUAAACUCUGGUGUUCUUUCUGCGCCCUCUUUUGGCUAAUUGAUGUAAUUAUACUGGCUCUAGAGGUUUGCUGUCCCAUAAGUAAAUUCUGAACAUGUCAGAGGUACACACUAAGAAGGAAUACAUGUACAAAAAUAUAAAAUUUUAUGAAAAUGAAUAUGUUGCUGUUGACAAUGUUAUUUCUAGCUCAAAAGAAGAUGACUACUUUCCUUUAUUAUGUACAUUCUUAGUAUAAUUUUUACUGAAAUCCACGAAUUUAGAUUAGGACAAACUAAGCCAUUUCAUGUAUUUUAUUUUAAAUCUUAUUUUGGCAAAUUAAUUCCUUAGACUUAGAAAAGCCAUUACCUUAAACUUACCAGUUUAUUAUAAAACACAGAAAUUUAUUAUAGUUACAAUGGCAUCUAAGCAUCUAGAAUGUUUUACUGAGUAUCUAAAAAUACAUUUAGUUUUCUCAUUCCCAAUUUUGGAAUGAUUUUUUUAACUCAAUUUUUUGCCUGAAAACAACUAAAAAGAGAUUAAUAAUUCUUCAUAUACUUUUUCUUUUCUUCAUUCCUUUUUUAACUUCUCCAGUCUGAAUUAUACCUGUAGUUGUAGCAAGCAGUUUAAUAUGUGUUCUGGAUAACCAUGAGAUAACUGAAGGUGUUGAGCAUUAGAAAAUAUUUAUGAGUAGUGAGAUUACUGAUGUAAUCUGUGUUUUGGACUGAAGCAUUUCUUUAUGAAUUUUCCAUUUAAUUUUAACCAAAUAUAAAUUAAGAAUUUUUUACAUUGGCAAAGUCAUUAAUUUGGCUUCUGGAGAGGAAAGGUUUUUCUAGGAUGCAUUUGUACUUCCUGAGCAAUCAUAUUAGUUAUUUUCUGCAAACAGAAAUGUUUAUGGGCUUAAUAGAGGCUCAAAAUUAUAGGCAGAAAUGAAUAGAGUUCAGAAUCCUUCAACAGUAAGCAUUUGGCUAAAGAGUUAUUGGUACUUGUAACCUAAACUUAAAAAUAUUAAGUUAACUUAUGUUUCAUUGUAAUAAAAAUAUUAUUUUAUGUAAGAGUCAUAUUCUAAAAAUUGCAUUUAUCAUAAGAGACAGCUAUUUAAAGUUAUAGUUAACAUAUUAACCUCUCUUUCAGAAGAAAAAAUCAUUUACAUUUCAUAAUAUUGAAGUAGGAACUUGAGAGUGUAGUAUAGUGGUAGGGCAUAAGGUAGGCCUGGGUCCAAUUCCCAGCACUGAAAAAUAAAAGAAAAAUCAAGUAGAAAACAUCAGCAUGCAAAAAAUUCAGUAUGACAACUGAAUAUAACUUCUGUCAGAAUUAACAUCAAUGCAUUUUUACUAAUGCACACAGGAAUUUUCAUUAAGUAUGGUGGCUAAUUAUAACUAUGAUCAGUCAGAUUUUCAAGUCACUUCCAUACAAGUUAUCUAGUUGGAAAUAUGUUUUGCUCUAAAGGGUUUAUUAAUUCUGAAUGCUAACCAGGAAAACUUAAGUUAGGACAAUACUUGCAACCAAGAAGUGUGAACUAAUUUAGAUUAUGACCACACGAUUUUCUAUGUGUUAAAUCACGGGACAGUUCUAGUAUUCUCACAUGUUACUAUAAAACCAUAAUGUAUCUAGCUGUGAAUCAAUAUGGCAUUAAUAUUCACUAAUAUAGCUGCUAGUUUCUCUCUGGACUUUCUCAAGUAUAUGACUAUUUCUUCUCUUGUGCUUUAUGUAUUAAUAGAUUACCUAGCUCAAGUUUACUAAAGUAUAGUUACUUUAAGCAAGUUUUUGAUGUGACCUCUAAUAUACAUAGAUAUAUCUAGAAUUUAUUUGAAGUUUAUACUUAAAAACAUUAAGUAAUUUACAUAGGUACAAGUAUUAGACUUUCAUCCAAGCUCUACUACUCUCUCUUUGAAAAAAUAUAAGUAGUUAAUAAGUCGAGUACAUUUAGUCUGUUCUACUUGCUAGUAUUACUAACCAUGUAAUUAACUAAUGAAUGAGUAUGUUAUUUAAUGCCCACAUUGUUGCUUUCUGUUCUAAAAGUCAACCUGAUUUUUGCCUGUAAAUCAAAAAUUUUAGUAUGCUCUAUCUUUAACCAUUCUCUGUUGAAUUCUAGAAUCUUUUACAAUAGAGUAUGAGAAAGUAUUAGAUCCUACUUGCUUGCAGUAUUUUGAACCAAUGUUGUUAUAUUAUCAGUCAAUAUUUAACAUUUCUGCUACCUUUGGGAUGGUGAUGGUUUAUCUCUAAGAGUGACUUUUCUCUGACUUCUUUCAUUAUCAUUUUGCAAUUUUUUAACAAUAGAAUUCACUGUUUUUAUCUGUUUUUCAGAAGUUGCAAUACUGCCUUCUAGUGCUAAUUUGAAACAGAAAUAACAGUAUUCAAGAUUCUUAAAUCGCUGAUAUUAACUGAUAUUUUUCCAUUGUCAUAUUUUUUACUGUUACUAUGUCCUUUCCCCCUGAUCACUGUAGAGGACAGGAAUCAAUGAGUAGUGAGCAGCCAAAAAAUUGGAGAGAGAGAGUGGGGAAACAAUAAGAUGGGGAGAAGGCCAGACAGAGCAUGAGUAAUCAGCAUCUCAACAACAGGGUAGACUGCAGACACCUUCUAUGACCUCACAGAAUCUUGCUGUAGUCAUUUUAUUUUAACCUAUCUCUUGUUGAUACCAUUUUCUGUAAGAGUUGUUAGCUUUUAGUUCAGGUUAUUUACGGAGUUUAUAUUGCUCUUUCUCUUCAGUUGGUCAGAUGCCUUGGAGAAAUUAAUUUUAAAUAAGUAAUUUGGUAGUGUAUGCCAACAUGCAGUAUUAAAAAUAAUGUGGAAAUGCAGCUAUAUUUAAUGCAGAAGGGAAAUGAAUAGAUGGCUCUAAAUUUGAAAAAAAAAAGUGGGACUUUUUUUGACGUGUGUCUUAGGGCAAAAAAAAAAAAAAAAAAGGAUAGUGUUAUAGAAAAUUUUGU